AUGAAAGAAGCAGCCGGAGAGGAACACAAGAUAGGUGCAGAUACCAUCAAGUCCUUGUGUAAGGCAUAUGGAGGAACCCAGACUGCCUCUGUAACACUCGCAGCAACUACAGCGAAAAAGAUCUUGGGAGAGCACGGGAAGAUCAAGAUAGGCUGGGUAAAUUGCCGCAUAAGAAGAGUGCAGAGACCAAUGAAGUGCUUCAAGUGCUGCCACUACGGACAUCUCGCCACUAAAUGUAGGAAUAAGAUCGACCGUUCCAAACUCUGCGCUAAAUGCUCAGAAGCAGACCACAAGGCUACAGACUAUAAAAAGGAGCUUCGAUGCGUCCUGUGCAUAGAGAAAGGCAACACGGAAAACUGUGCCCACAUUGCUGGUAGUACCAGAUACCCAGUGUAUAAAGAGGCUGAUCAAUGA